CACGGACCUCCUCAUGCGCGCCCUCUCUCGCUGCGACCCCGCCGACAUCGCUCGCGUCGCGGCCGUCUCGCUCCUCUUCCACGCCUCGCUUGCGCUGGAGGGCAUCCGCUUGUGGGCGCAAGAGCGCGGCUUCGAGCUGCCGGCGCAGCCCGAGGGCGAGGGCUGCGCCGUGCGGUGGCUGUGCUAUUCUGCGGCGCUGUUGCGAGAGUCCAACCCACCGGCGAGGGCGGCGGCAGGCUAUACGCGCAGCGCGCGCCGCCGCCGUGCCUGGCACGUGGAUGAUUGGCGUCGCCAUAUCGCGCGUUGAGGCGCGCGGUCGCUCACGAGCACGCAGCGCUUGCGGCCGUGCUGUGAGACGUCGAGGCACUUGAGGCCGGUGCACGGCGGGAAGGGUGGCUCCUGGUGCGGGUCUUGCUCAGGAACUGGAUGCUUGCGCCGGGCGAGUUCAUGUCGAAGUCGAUGAGAAAGAUCGAGCCGCUCGCCGCGCCGCACCCGAGCAGUCCAGGGCAACAGCCUCGCUCUUGGUUGUGACAUGUCCGAGACGAUGCAGAUCUGUAUCGCGAGGAGAACCCGCAAGCCGGAGCGGGCGGAGAUCCGCCGAGAUCCGCCGAGUUUCGCCGAUGGCACUCUCACCGCCGCUCACCGCCGUGUCGCCUCUCACCGCCCCUCCUCGCUGCCCGCAGGUGCUGACCGGUCCGGGCCACAACGGCAAGCUCAGCGUCGGCUACCAGCAGGCGCUGCUCGCGACCAUGUCUGGAGGCACGUCCGGCCUCACCGCCAUGAGCUGCUCAAGUACGCAAGGAUCGCCGAGGAGCAGCCGCUGUACGUCACGCCCGCCUACUCUCACAACCAGCCGACCGGCGCCGACCCGACCGACUUCGCGAACUCUGAUCUCCCCGCGUUGUCCGUUGUGCCUGACUGCGGCAUGCGCGGGGUGGCUUCACGACGGCCUUUUCAGGUCAGAGAUAGCGGGACGCUCUGGCUCACUGUGGAGGACAACACUCGAUGACGAAAAAGCAGGAGAGGGCGACUGUCGAGGGGUGUGAGCCUUGGGAGCGUCUGCGAGAGCGCUCCGACACACUCUGCCCGCAGACGCGAAACAACUUUCGCACAUGUACAUGUCAUGUC